AUGGCGUCAUCCACGUUCAGCGGCGACGAAACGGCGCCAUUCUUCGGCUUCCUCGGCGCGGCGGCCGCCCUAGUUUUCUCCUGUAUGGGAGCGGCGUACGGGACGGCGAAGAGCGGCGUGGGCGUGGCGUCGAUGGGGGUAAUGAGGCCGGAGCUAGUCAUGAAAUCGAUUGUUCCGGUGGUUAUGGCGGGAGUGUUGGGUAUCUAUGGUUUGAUCAUUGCUGUGAUUAUCAGCACGGGGAUUAACCCAAAGGCCAAAUCUUAUUACCUUUUCGAUGGCUAUGCCCACCUCUCCUCCGGCCUCGCUUGCGGCCUCGCCGGACUUUCCGCCGGAAUGGCCAUCGGAAUCGUCGGCGAUGCCGGUGUUAGGGCGAAUGCGCAACAGCCAAAGCUUUUUGUUGGAAUGAUUCUCAUUCUCAUCUUUGCUGAAGCUUUGGCUUUGUACGGUCUCAUUGUCGGCAUCAUCCUUUCAUCCCGAUCCGGACAAUCCAGAGCAGAUUAG